AUGACGAGAGACAGCCCUGAAUAUGGCACAAGAUUGCUUCCCACCCUCAUUGACGAGAUUGCCACGACUACUCCAAAUCACGUCUAUGCAUCAGUCCCAAAAGACGAUGCAGACUUAUCCAAAGGCUUCAGAAAUGUCACGUACGUCGAGUUUGCACGAGCAAUAGAUGCACUGUCCUGGUGGCUGGACAAAACCCUCGGCAAAGCUGACGGCACAUUUCCUACUUUCGCAUACUUUGGACCUAGAGAUCUCGGAUAUGCUAUUGUGGUUGUAGCAGCAGCUAAAGUAGGCAGAAAGGUGCUGCUGGCUUCUCACCUUGCAUCACCGGAUGCGCACCUUUUCCUUCUGAACUCGCUCGCAUGUACGGCUGUGAUAUAUGCUUCUGAGAUGACUGCGUUGGCAGAAUCUCUGCAAAAGAGGUUUGCAAGUGCGAAGUAUAUUGGCACCACAUCUUUUGGCGUAUUCUUGACCCAACCAAAUCUCUCAGCCAAGUCAGAGCGAUAUGUAUACUCAAAGCCAUACUCUAAAGCACAUUCAGACCCUGUGAUGGUAGUGCAUACAUCUGGAACAACAGGAUUGCCAAAACCCGUGAUCUGGACAAACGAUAUGCUGUGUUCAGUCGACAGAUUACAUACUCUACCAGGAAGUACGGCAACACAAAUGGCAGGACAGAGCAUCUAUUGCGCAUUACCUACAUUUCACACCUCUGGCAUUACAGCUAGUCUUCUCACACCGGUCUAUCUCAGCACGAUAAUCAUUCUUGGACCUGCUGGGGUUCGACCUGAUAAACAGACUGUUCUUGGGGUGUUGCGAAGCGCACCUGUCAGCGCAGCUUCUUUUCCUCCAAGUUUACUAGAAGAACUCAUUGCAGACCCUGUUUGUCGAAAAGCACUCAAGCAGCUCAAAAAGAUUGUGUACGGUGGAGCACCACUAGCUGCAUGGGCAACCCGCAUCAUAGCCUCUGACUUUAACGGCACAGUCUCCUCAGCCCUCGGCAGCACAGAAGGAGGACUCUGGCUUACAGGCUCGUCACCCGAUCCAGCAGAUCAAGGCUACUUCCUGAUCCACCCAUUCAUGGCACCAGAUUUUCAGCACACAGGUGCAGAUCUGUAUGAACUGGUGAUCAAACGCACUGCACAAUCAGAAGCAUACACGAACUUUUUCCGCUGCAUAGAUAAAAAAGCUUCAGAGUUUAGGACGAAAGAUCUCUUCUCACCGCAUCCUACGAAGCCAGGACUUUGGAAGUACAGGUGUCGAAAGGAUGAUCUGGUGCUGCUGAGUGGCGAGGUCAAGAUGUAUGCUGGUGCCAUCGAGGAGGCUCUUUCUGCACAUCCAGCAAUUGGUGCUGUUUUAGUAGGUGGCCAGUACCGCAGCAGACCUUUCUUGCUGGUCGAACCUGCUUCGCCAAUCAUCACGAAUGAUCAAAAAGCAGAGUUCGUGGAUGAGAUAUGGCCAGCAGUGCAAGCCGAGAACGAGAAACAUCAUGAAUCUGCGAGAUUGGCAAAAGAGCUGGUGAUAAUCGUAGGGUCUGAGAAGAACAUGGUGCGAACGCCAAAGGGAACUGUAGAUCGCAAAGCGACAUUGUCAGCGUUUGAAGUCGAGAUUGAUGAUUUGUACAAAUCUUGGUCAAAACUGUAG